AUGGCUUCACUUAAUUCAUAUCAAAACUCAACCACUAUCAUAUUUUUACUUCACCUUCUGCUUCUUCCAGUUUCUUGCUUCUACCAAUCGCAAUCUGGAAUUCCUCCAAGGGGGUUAUUAUUUGAGGAGAAAAACAGGCUAGGCUCAGCUCCACCUACAUGUCACAACAAGUGUAACCAAUGUCAUCCAUGCAUGGCAGUGCAAGUUCCAAGCCAUGAACAUAUUCAACCAGGUCAUACUCAUAGUGCUGCUUCAAGUUCUCCCAUGGAAAGUGGUGGAUUCUUUCUCCAAGAUAGUGGUAAUAACAGGUACUCAAAUUACAAGCCAUUGAGUUGGAAAUGUCACUGUGGUGGCCACUUUUUCAAUCCUUAG